AUGAAAGGCAGUGAUUUUUUGAUUUUUUUUUCCUCCUCUUUUUUAAAUGAGUUGAAUCAAAUUAUUGAAAACCAUGCUAAUAGUCUUCAAAAAAAUGAAGUUUUAAAAUUUAAUUUGGGUUUAAACAAAUCACAUGGCGAUAUUAUUAAAAAUAGAAACAGAGCAAUUAUGGAAGCAAUUAGAGCAAAUAGAUUAAGAGUAGAACAGUUAAAAAUAGAGAUCCAAUUAGAAGAAGUUUCAAAAGAAAAUUUAAUCUCUCUUUUUAACUGUUCUACUCUUAAUCUAUUUGCUCUAAUUGCUUCCAUAAUUGUUCUGUUUUAUGACAGAAUGGAUGAAUAA